AUGGCUUCUCUCCGGUCUUCCGGGCAUCGAUCUGGAAAAGGGAAAGACAAGAAGCCGGCUGGCGGGCGGCCAGCUCCCGCAGGGGCUAUCGAUCCGCGACGCGAGCCGCGCGCGUCGCGUCCUGCGCUCUCCUCUCUCCGCUGCUCCCUCAUUUGCCCGUCUUUCCCCUUUAUCGGCCUCUUCGGUUGCUCGCUUUUACGCAAUAUCAGUGAUAAUUGUUCGGUCGCUGCUUUGCAUUGA